GAGACCAACGGCGUUAAACGACAAACGGUAAAUUCAAAUCUAUAAACACUCAACGGCUACUAUCUGACACUCAUCACCUUCUGCUACACAAAAAAAAAAAAAAAAAAAAAAACUUUUCAUCUUUUUUCUUUUACUCUUCAAUUAAAGCCCAUAACUUUCAAUUUCUUCACUUCCAACUGAAAAUUUUACUUUCUUUUGAAUGGACUACAACCCAGAAAUUCACUCAAAGGUGUUUUAGUUGAUCUAGUUGUGGAGUGAGGAAAUGGACACAGUACAUGAAGCACUAGAUGAGGCCAAACUUGAGAUUGAAAAGCUCAGGGCAAACUACCAAAGUAAAGCUGAGUUUUGCGAGAACUUGAAAAGAGCCAACAAUGAGCUGCUAACCAAGAAUCAGGAGGCGAAUUUGAAAGUAGAGAAGCUCACUCAUGAGUUGUCUGGAAAAGAAGAUGAGCUUGCUGUCACUAAACAAUUGCACGAAGCAAUUGAGUCAAAGCUUAAAGAAAAGGAGAUAGCUGUCAAGCAUCUAAGUUCUACAAAUGAUAAACUUCGUGCAGACUAUGCUGAGAUGGUCCGAAAAUGUGAAGAAGAGAAUAGAGGGUUGGCAUUGGCUUUAGAUGGUGCUAAUUCAACUAAUACGGAUCAAGAGCAACAGAUUCGUUCUCUCAAAAAAGAAAUUGAAGGGCUAAGGGAAUUUGCUUCGGCUUCACAGAAGAAAAAGUCCUCAGAAGUUUCUUCCAAAGAGCGGAGAAACAACGAUGAUAUGCUAUUAUUGGAGAUGGAGGAGGAAAACAGGAAGCUUACGGAUCAACUAAAAUGGAGGAAGGAACAGUUCAUUCACCUGGAGGACGCUCAUGGCAAGCUCAGGCAACAACUUCAAAAGUGUGAAGGAGAGAAAAAAGGGCUGGCGUUGGCAUUAGAUGGUGCUAAUUCAGCUAAUGUGGAUCAAGAGCAACAAAUUCGUUCUCUCAAAAAAGAGAUUGAAGGGCUAAGGGAAUUUGUAUCGGCUUCACAGAAUAAGUCGUCAGAAGCUGAGAAGAGAGCCAAAGCAUCCAAAGAGCCGAGACACAAUGAUGAUAUGUUACUUGAGAUGGAGGAGGAAAACAGGAAGCUUGCAGAUCAACUUAAAUGGAAGAAGGAACAAUUCAGUCAUCUGGAGGAGGCUCAUGGCAAGCUCAGGCAACAGCUCCGAAAAUAUGAAGAAGAUAAUAGAGGGCUGGCAUUGUCUUUAGAUGGUGCAAAUGCAACUAAUUUGGAUCAAGAGCAACAUAUUCGUUCUCUGAAACAAGAAAUUGAGGGGCUAAGGGAAUCUGUAUCAUUUUCAAAGAAGAAGUCGUCUGAAGCUGAGAAGAGAGUGAACACAUCCAAAGAGCUGAGACACAAUGAUGAUAUGCUACUUGAGAUGGAGGAGAAAAACAAGAAGCUCGCAGAUCAACUUAAAUGGAAGAAGGAACAGUUCAGUCAUCUGGAGGAGGCUCAUGGCAAACUUAGGCAACAACAUCGGGAGGAGGAGAAAGAAUGGGUAAAGGAGAGAUCCGCAUUGCUAGAUGAGAUUUCCACACUGCAGUUGAAUUUAGAUUCUCAGCUUAGAAUAUCAAAAGAUCUUGAAAGCCGUUUGUGGAUGUGCAAUCAGGCUUUAGCUCAUGAAGAAAGCAGGAGAAAGCUACUGGAAGUUCAACUUGCUGAGUCUAAAACAUCCUUUGACAGUGUCUUCGCGGAGUAUGAGGAAUCCAAGUCUAUAAUUGAGAGCCUGACAAGUCAGAGAGACAAAGAAAUUGCGAAUCUAAGAGACAUUUUGGGCACAAGGGACACACUUCACAAGGAAAUGGAGUAUCAAUUCAGGAGGGUAGAGCAAGAGAAUCAUGAAUUGAUGACGUCCCUUAAAGAAUUCCAGGAAGCCAAAAUUCAAGAAGCUGGAGCUUCUUCUUCCUUGUCAAAACUCCGAAACAAACUCAGAGGCUUGGAGCAGGUGCACAAGGAUUGUUUUGGUAAUCUCAAAGCCAAAGAAGCUGAAUGGGCUUCUAAAUUGGAGCAACUAACAGAAGAGCUUGAUUGCUGCAAGUCUUCUGUACAGAGCAAAGACAGUUUAAUAACUGAACUUCGAGAGGAGUUGGAGACAUGUGAAUUGUUAACAUUGCAGUUAACACUACAGAAUGAGGAGACUUCCAUGAUGCUGUUAGUGUUGAAAUCUCAGUUUUUUGAGCUCCAUCAAAGAAUUGCUGAUGAUUAUGCUUCUAUGGAACUGGAAAAGAGAGAAGGAGUUGAGAAUAUCUCUACUCUGAUCAUACAGUUGAAUACGAAGAAUGAAGCUCUUGGUAGAGUUCAGAAAGAUCUCGAAGAGGAGCGUGAAAAGGUGGCACUGUUGUCAGAAAAGGUCGAGUCCUUGAACUCUGAAGAACAACAACAGCUUCCUUUACAAAGAGAGGUUGAUACGCUGAAGGAAAUGCUGAAAGAAGCAUCGACUUCUCAAAUUCAUUUGAAGGAGCAGGUAUUGCAUACAAAGAGUGACUUGGAACAAGUCCGCGAUGCCUUGGAUAGAGCAAACGAAGAACUUGCUGAAAGUUUCAGUGAAGGAAAUGAACUGGAAUUUGAACUGCAGGUUUGGAAAUCUGUAGCUGAAAAGUUGAAAGCCAACCUGGAAGAAAACCAUCAAAUGAGGAUACAAGUAGAAGCCUCCCUCCUCGCCCAAGCAGACGUUGAGUUCGACCUCAAACUAGAAAGAGAAAGCCUUGAACUCAAGCUGGACGAAAAAGAUAAAAGAGUGAACGAACUCCAGCAGCAGCUCUUAGGCUUGAACGAGGAACUCCAGAGAAGGGAACAGACAGCGUUGCUCAGUGAAAAUUUUGAGCACAAGAUGAUCUCUCAGGAUCUUCAGAAGGAGGUGGAGUAUUUGGAGCAAGAGUGGGUGAGAAAAGAGCUUGAAGGUGCCAUUUUAGCACAAGUGGAAGCAGAAACAAAGCAUAAGAACGAGAAAGAGAGUCUCCACCAGCUUGUUGAAGAGAAAGACCACAGGAUACAGGAUCUUCAGAAGCAGGUGGAUUAUUUGGAGCAAGAGUGGGUGAGAAAAGAGCUUGAAGGUGCCAUUUUAGCACAAGUGGAAGCAGAAGCAAAGCAUAAGAACGAGAAAGAGAGUCUCCACCAGCUUGUUGAAGAGAAAGACCACAGGAUAUAUGAUCUCCAGCAGCUUGUCAACUCACUGGAAAACGAAUUUGAAAGUUCGACUGGCUCAUUCUCAGGCAGGCUCUCAGAUAUGCAAGCAGAGGUUGAUAUGUUCCAUAAAACCUGGGAGAAGAUGAGAACAGCUGAGAUCCUGAAUGAGAUUGAAAUACAGAUAAGGGACUUGUUGAUUGUUGAAUUGGAAAAUGAUUUUUGCAAGUUACAAAAGAAAAUGGAGCACUUGGAGAAUCACUUGUCCAAUUCUGUUGGAAAAAGGACAGAGCUUGAAGUUGAGCUGGAAGCGAAAAGAUCAGAGAUAGACGCGUUGCUGUUUAAACUUGAAGAACAAGUAAGAAGCUCGGAUAUUGUGAUCAAGAAACUUAAUGGAGAAAAGACGAAGCUUCUUGAAAGUGUUGAGAAAUUGUCAUCAGAGAAGGACAAGUUGCUUGAUACUUUCAUGGGAUUAGCAGAAAGAAUUAACUUGUUGUCUAAGGAAGAUAUACAGCUAACUGAUAGUUUGGAAAGGAUGGUUCAAAACUGUGACAGCAGUAUGUCGGAAACAGACAUGAAAUGGGAUAAUGAAUUCUUUGACCCUGUUAAAGAGAACAAUAGCAGACAACCUUCCACUCCAAACAAGAGAUUAGAAGCUAUACGUGAUGAAAGAUCGCCGUUGAGAUCUCUCAACAAUUAACAGGGAAAUUCAAAUAGGAAGAGAAGUUAUUUAUUUGUGUAUAGCUUCUUGACAAACUUGAUCUAAUUGUUGUUAUCUUGUCAGCAAUCUGUAACUGGCUAGGAAAUUCACAUGUACUAGAACUUCCAUAUCAGAAACUUUGUAGCAUAUAUUCACUUAGAUUUUUUGGUUCUUUUUCAAGACUGCCAGCUCCAUGUUUUUAUACAACUGCAAUUGGUGACUAUGAUAAUAUCACCCAACUUGGAUUA